UCUUGUGUAUUUGCAUAGUUUUAAUCUUCAUUCUAGUCUUUAUAUUAGCCAUUUGCAUUUGUUUAGUGUGCAUUUAGGUUGCAUUGCAUCAUUUUGUCCUUUUCAGGUAUUGGAGACCUUCAUUGGUGACUUUGGAGACAUUUGAAGUGUUUUGGGGACAAAAGAGUGAUGUUUGAAGCACAAAUCAUGUCCCAACUGAAGUGCCGUAGCGACAUCAGCAUAGCGACCUCGCCAAGUCGCUAAGACGCAACCCGAACCAUCGUAGCGACCACCGUAGCGACUUACCAAGUCGCUAUGGUAAGAGAAGCCAUAAUCCUAGAAAUGACUAAGUGUAUGUAGCGACUUCUGCGUAGCGACAUGAUCAAGUCGCUAGGAGGCCACCCGAGUGAGCGUAGCGACCACCGUAGCGACUUGCAAGGUCGCUACAGAUCCUGGAGUAUUGAAGAGUUAAUAGCGACCAGAGCGUAGCGACUUGCAUGGUCGCUACAGGCGAAAAAGACUGCUUUUUUAUGGGUUAACCCAGGUUUGUUGGGUUGACCCAAGCUCGUUUUUUAGAUUCCUAUAAAUACUCUUUAGACCUAAUGAUGUAGGACAUCUUGUUUUCUUUGUAAUCACAUUAGCUAUUUUGGGUGAAAGACUUAAUCUUGAGCUUCUUUUCAUCUCUAUCUCUUGUGAUUAUUAAUCAAUCUUGACCAUUAAGCAUGAUUAACCUUCAAUCAUCCAUGGGUUUUGGGUUAUUCAUGUCUAUUAGUGAGUAGUUACCUUUUGGAUUCAUGGGCUAGGGUGAUUAGAGUGAUUAAGUGAAGAUCUAAGGGUGUUUAGUGUUAGAUCUCUUGUUUCCUUGCUUGUCUACUUCUCUUAAUGCUAGAUUAAUGUUGGCCUCUUUAUUCUAGAGCUCUAGACAUUUCCCACCCACAAGGUGUUUGAUGAAAUGUCUGAACCAAGUAGAGCUUGCUCUAAACUUACCUUACACAAAGACCAUUGUGUUAAGGGAGUUUAGAUAGUUAGUAGACUCAUCCUUAAUGAUUGCUUAGAUCUUUUAGGCUCAAAGACCUUUGAUGUCUAGUUGAUUAAAGCAAAUGAGCAUUCUUCUUGACCAUAGAGCUUGCUUAUUUCAGUGUUCUAGACUUAAGGAAGUUAUUGAUUGAAAGUUUGCCAUCCUUAGAUUGGAUCUUAAUCACUUAAAGUCAAAUGCCUAGCCCCAUGAGUCCUAUUGUCCAAGAUUGAUUGAAAGCUUGUUUCUUUAUUGCACUUUAGCAUAGUUCUAGUUCAUAUCAUCAUUGAAAACCUGAUUGCACUUAGAUUAAGCAUGGUCUUGCAUUCCCUUUGCUUUAGAAUCACUUAGGAUUGGUUCGACAAUCUUUUACACUACAACAUUUGGUUAGGGACUCUUCAAAAGUCCUGUUAUCAAAUUGGCGCCGUUGCCAAGUUCUAUUGUGAUUUUGAUAUUGGGAUUUAGUCAUUUGCUUGAGACUAAGUCAUUUUUCUUAUUAUUGUGAUAUUGGCUCUGCUUUUUCCUUUUUCUUUUUCAUUUCAGGUGUAUGAACUUGAGAAGUAGAGGGACUACAAACCUCACUCCUCUAGUACCAGACAUCCGGGCUUUGGAAAGAGAGAACACAAGAAGAAGGAGAGAAGAGGAGCAACAGGCUCAUUUCAACAGAUUGGGUUUUGAUAUGGCUCACCAUCAGAACCAGAAUCGAGAUGGAGAGAUCCCUUUAGGAGCUGCCCAAGAGGGAAAUGGUCAAGGAGCUGCCAACCUUGGACCACGACAUCCACAGCGCCAAGCUAGAGCAAUUGGUGCCCAUGAUCAGCCUAACAUCCAUGGAAAUAGGGCUGGCAUUAGAGCACCAGCUGUGGAGAACAACAACUUUGAGAUCAAGUCAAGCUUGAUCAACAUGAUCCAAAGCAACAAGUACCAUGGGCUUGCUUUGGAAGAUCCUCUAGAUCACUUGGACAACUUUGAUCAGCUGUGUGGCACCAUCAAGAUCAAUGGUGUUUCUGAAGAUGCAUUGAAGCUUAGACUGUUUCCAUUCUCUUUGGGAGAUAAAGCUCACACAUGGGAGAAGGGUCUCUCAAGAGAUAGCAUCCGGACAUGGGAUGAGUGCAAAGAAGCCUUCCUCACCAAAUUCUUCUCUAACUCAAGAACUGCGAAGCUUAGGAAUGAGAUUUCAGGAUUUCAACAGAGGAAUCUUGAAGGUUUUGGUGAAGCAUGGGAACGAUUCAACAGCUACAUUACUCAAUGUCCUCAUCAUGGUUUCACCAAGGAAAGCUUGCUUAGUACCUUCUACAGGGGAGUUCUCCCAUCUUGCAGAAACAGGCUUGACACAGCUAGCAAUGGUUUCUUCCUGGGCAGAACUGAGCAGGAUGCAGAAGAGCUGGUGGAGAACAUGGCAAAGAGUGAUUCAGUCUACAAUGAGGAGUAUGAUAGAGCCAACAGAGGGGAUGACCAGCAGACAAGGAAAGAUAUCAAGUCUUUGCAAGACAAGUUGGACUUGGUUCUUUCAAACCAAUCCAAGAAGGAGCAGGUUAGCUUUGUUGGUGAUCCUAGUCAAGAGGUUCCUCCUAAGGUGAAUGAAGUUGAUGGUUUGGAAGGGCAAGAGGAGUUAUGCUUCAUCAACAACAAUGGUACUUGGUACAGGAAGGAGCCCAACUUUCAGUACAACAACUACCCGCAAAGACCUUAUUCCAACAACCAACAAGGUGGUUACCAGCCUAGAAACAACCAGCAAGGAAGCCAUCAACCUCAGCAAAACCCUCCUCCUGGUUUCUCCAACAAAGGAAACCAGUCUACUCAAGCCCAAGGAAGUUCUUCUCAACAUCAGGCUCAAGACACAAGUGUGGAAUCAAUGUUCAAGCAACUACUUGAAGCUCAGUCAAGAAGUGAGAAGCAAAUUGGUUAUGAGUUGAAGAACAUCCACUCAAAGAUUGAUGGGAGCUACAAUGAGCUCAACAACAAGUUCAAAGCUUUGGAGAAUCAGUUUGCCUCUAUGAGUUCCAACUCCAAUCGCCAACAAGGAACUCUUCCCGGAAAGCCUGAGCAAAACCCAAAGGAGACAAUGAAAGCAAUCACUUUGAGAAGUGGUAGAGAGUUGCCUUCUAGAGUUCUCAUUAAGGAUAAUGAGAAACAAGGUGGGGAGGUGGUCAUCAAUGUAGAUGAUGAUGUGGUGAUUGUUGAUGAGAAGACUAAUGAGGAAAUCUUGGAAAAGAUAGUGGAAGCCAAGGGAAAAGGAAAGGUGGGAGAAGAGAAGACAGUUGUGAACAAGAAUGAAGCCACUACUUCAUCAAAAGAAGCUUCAUUCACUCCUCCUCCCUAUGAGCCAAAGCUCCCUUUUCCUGGUAGAUUCAAGAGACAACUCUUGGAGAAGUACAAAGCGUUGUUUGAGAAGCAGAUGAGUGAGGUUCAGAUUACCAUGCCUAUUAUAGAUGCCUUCAUGUUGGUCCCUCAGUACAGUAAGUUCUUGAAAGAUGCUGUAGCACAGAAGAAGAAAGAGAUGGAAGGAAUGGUGGUGCUUACUCAUGAGUGCAGUGCUAUUAUUCAGAGAUUGACUGUCCCAAGGAAGCUAGAAGACCCGGGCAGUUUCACCUUGCCAUGUGCUAUUGGACCUUUGACAUUUGAGAGGUGUCUAUGUGAUUUGGGAGCAAGUGUGAGUCUCAUGCCUUUGUCUAUUGCCAAGAAGCUUGGGUUUUCUCAGUACAAGAAGUGUAGAAUCUCCUUGGUGCUAGCUGAUAGGUCUGUGAAGCUUCCUAUAGGCAUCUUAGAAGAUCUUCCUGUCAUGAUUGGAAACUGCGAAGUGCCUACUGAUUUUGUGGUACUUGAGAUGGAUGAAGAGCCUAAGGAUCCCUUGAUCUUGGGAAGACCUUUCCUUGCUACUGCUGGAGCUAUGGUGAAUGUAAGAGAUGGCAAGAUAGACCUUCAUCUUGGCAAAGGAAACAUCCUGCACUUUGACAUCAACGAAGCUAUGAAGAAGCCUACCAUUCAAAGCCAAGCAUUCUACAUCGAUGAGAUGGAGACUCUAGCUGAUGAGCUUCUUGAGGAGUUGGCAAUUGAGGAUUCCCUACAACAUGCUCUAACUGUUGAUAGGGAGAAUCAGAUGGUUGAGAACCAAGAGAGUAAUGACUUUGUGAGGAGGCUAGAUUCACACAAGAAGUUUGAUGAGAAGGUGCAGUUUGAGGAGCUACCACAAGCAGCUUCAGCUACUCAACAAGAGGACAGUCACCAAGAUGACUGGAGUGAGCUCAAAGCCCCUAAGGUGGAGCUUAAACCCCUUCCCCAUGGUGUAAGGUACGCUUUUCUUGGCCCCAAUGAAACUUACCCUGUCAUUGUGAGUAGUGAACUUACUGAACUUGAGCUAUCUGAACUUUUAAAUGCACUUAAAAGAUUUAGAAAAGCAAUAGGGUAUUCUCUUGAUGACAUCAAAGGGAUAUCACCUACUUUGUGCAUGCAUAGGAUACAUCUUGAGGAUGAAUCUAUGACUUCUAUAGAACAUCAAAGAAGGUUGAAUCCCAACUUGAAAGAUGUUGUAAAGAAAGAGAUUCUUAAACUCUUAGAUGCUGGUGUGAUCUACCCUAUCUCAGAUAGUAAGUGGGUAUCUCCUGUGCAUGUAGUCCCAAAGAAAGGUGGUAUCACUGUGGUCAAGAAUGAGAAGGAUGAAUUGAUACCAACUAGGACCAUAACAGGUCAUAGGAUGUGUAUUGAUUACCGAAAGCUUAAUUCAGCCUCUAGAAAAGAUCAUUUUCCAUUGCCAUUCAUUGAUCAAAUGCUUGAGAGGCUUGCAAAUCAUCCUUUUUAUUGCUUUCUUGACGGGUAUUCAGGGUUCUUCCAAAUACCCAUACAUCCCAAUGAUCAAGAGAAGACAACAUUUACUUGUCCUUAUGGUACCUUUGCAUAUCGAAGGAUGCCAUUUGGGCUAUGUAAUGCUCCAGCUACCUUCCAAAGGUGCAUGAUGUCUAUCUUCUCUGAUCUUAUUGAGGAUGUUGUGGAGGUGUUUAUGGAUGACUUCUCUGUCUACGGAUCUUCGUUCUCUGCUUGUUUGUCCAAUUUGUGCAGGGUCUUACAGAGAUGUGAAGACACCAACCUUGUGCUGAACUGGGAGAAGUGCCACUUCAUGGUUAAGGAAGGGAUUGUGCUUGGGCACAAGAUUUCAGAGAAAGGCAUUGAGGUGGACAAAGCCAAGAUUGAAGUGAUGGUUAAGCUGCCUCCACCAAAGACAGUAAAAGACAUUAAAAGCUUUCUUGGUCAUGCGGGGUUCUACAGAAGAUUCAUCAGAGACUUUUCAAUGAUCUCUAGACCAAUGACCAAGCUGCUGUGCAAAGAAGCUUCCUUUAGCUUUGAUGUAGAGUGUCUUGAAGCCUUUAAGAAGCUGAAGAAUGAGCUUGUUAGUGCACCUAUUGUCCAGCCACCAGAUUGGAAUCUCCCUUUUGAGAUCAUGUGUGAUGCUAGUGACUAUGCUGUUGGAGCAGUUUUGGGGCAGAAGAAAGACAAGAAGACACAUGUGAUCUACUAUGCUAGUAGAACCCUUAAUGAUGCCCAAGUGAAGUACUCUACAACAGAGAAGGAGCUGUUAGCCAUCGUCUUUGCCUUUGAGAAGUUCAGGAGCUACCUUGUGGGGUCAAAGGUGAUUGUCUACACUGAUCAUGCAGCAUUGAGACACCUUUUGGCAAAGAAAGAUGCCAAGCCAAGACUUUUAAGAUGGAUUUUGCUGUUGCAAGAGUUUGAUCUUGAGAUUAAGGAUAGACCGGGGGUUGAGAAUGGUGUAGCAGAUCACUUGUCUAGGAUGCGAGUGGAUUGUGGUAUCCCCAUUGAUGAAGGACUUCCAGAGGAGCAGAUCAUGGCCAUUAGAGCAGUUGAGGCAGUUUGUGAAACCGGGAAAAAGCUUGAAGAAGUUAAGGCAACUGAUGAGAAAGGUCCUUGGUAUGCAGAUUUGGUGAACUACUUAGCUUGUGGGAAGGAGCCAUUGGGACUUGAAGGAUAUGCCAAGAAGAAGUUCUACAAGGAUGUGAAGAGAUACUAUUGGGAUGAACCUUACCUCUACACACUUUGCAAGGAUCAACUCUAUAGAAGAGUAGUAGGUGAAGAAGAAAUCAAUGGGAUCCUCACACACUGUCAUGGAUCAUCAUAUGGAGGUCACUUUGCUACAUUCAAAACUGUUGCUAAGGUUCUACAAGCUGGAUUUUGGUGGCCACACAUGUUCAAAGACACACAAGAUUUUGUCUCAAGGUGUGAUUCUUGCCAAAGAAGAGGGAACAUCACCAAAAGGAAUGAAAUGCCUCAAAAUCCAAUACUUGAGGUGGAGGUGUUUGAUGUAUGGGGAAUAGACUUUAUGGGACCUUUUCCAUCAUCCUUUGGCAACAAGUACAUCUUGGUGGCUGUUGAUUAUGUUUCCAAAUGGGUUGAAGCAAUUGCAAGCCCCACAAAUGACUCUAGGGUGGUUCUCAAGAUGUUUAAAAGCAUUAUCUUCCCAAGAUUUGGAGUCCCUAGAGUGGUCAUAAGUGAUGGAGGUUCACAUUUCAUCAACAAGUUGUUUGAAAGCCUCCUCAAGAAGAAGGGCGUGAAGCAUAAGGUGGCUACACCUUACCAUCCUCAGACUAGUGGGCAAGUGGAAAUUUCCAACAGGGAAAUUAAGUCUAUCCUAGAGAAGAUUGUGGGAACUACAAGGAAAGAUUGGUCUAACAAGCUUGAUGAUGCACUUUGGGCUUAUAGGACAGCUUACAAGACUCCUUUGGGCACUACACCAUUCCACCUUGUGUAUGGAAAAGCUUGCCAUUUCCAGUUGAGCUUGACUAAGGAGAAGAGACUCUUUCAACUCCAUGAACUUGAUGAGAUUAGACUUGAUGCUUUUGAGAACUCAAGGAUCUACAAGGAGAAGACUAAAGCUUUCCAUGACAAGAUGAUCUUGAAGAGAGAGUUCAGCCCUGGAGAUCAAGUGUUGCUUUACAACUCAAGGUUGAAGCUGUUCCCCGGGAAGCUUAAGUCUAGAUGGUAUGGCCCUUUCAAGGUUAAAGAAGUGAGGCCAUAUGGGGCAAUUGUGUUGUGGAGCAAUGAUGGAAGAGACUUCACAGUCAAUGGACAGAGAGUUAAGCUCUACAUGGGAAGCAACACAGAAGGAGAAGGAGUUUCGGUUCCACUCUCCGAUCCUAUCCAAGCCUAG